AUGGGCCAUUCCGUCCAAAACUAUGGCAAAUUUGGGGGUCAAACAAUUUUGUUUAAUUACUUCUUGUAUCUUUACACAUCCCAAAUUUCUUCUAAUCAAAGGAGAAGACCCAUUGACCUGAUUUUCAUUAAUUUGUUCUUUUCUCACAUUGUGCUGAUUAUCUUCAAGGCAAUUCCAUUUGCAGUACACGUUUGCAUCCACACAUUUUCCAUGAGUGACAUCCAAUGUAAAAUUGUAAUUUAUCUGCAAAGAGUAGCUCUGGGUGUUUCAAUUUGCACUUCCUGCCUCCUGAGUGUCUACCAGGCCAUCACUAUCAGUUCUGGCAGUAGCAUAUGGGCAGGGCUCAAAUCUAGGGCCCCAAAGUGUCUUGUGCAAUCCUGUGUCUUUAUUUGGGUCCUCAAUCUGUUGACAGAUAUACCUGUGGCACUGUAUGUGACUGGUCCUAGGAACUACACAAACAGCAUGCUAAGUAGAAGCAUAGGAUAUUGUUCUACAGACGUGUAUGUGCCUACUCUAAAACUUGUAAUUUGGAAGUCACUUUAUGACGUUCAGUUUGUGAUAUUCAUGGCCAUUACCAGUGGCUACAUGGUGCUUCUUUUGUUCAGACACCACUGGCAAGUCCAGCACAUUCAUAAGACCAGCCUCAGCUGCCAUUCCUCAGCAGAGACCAGAGCUAACAAAGCCAUCCUGUUGCUCAUGAGCAUUUUUAUAUGCUUUUGUUUGAUCAGUACCAUCAUGGCUAUUGUUAUGGAUAAUUCUAAAGUUGCAGACCUGUGGGUGAUACAUAUUUCUGCAUUAUUUAACUUGUGUUACCCAACAAUCAGUCCCUUUGUUUUAAUAAGUA